GCGUAACUGCAGGCCCACGUGCCUCCGUUCCCGUUAGCAACCAGAGGCUUCCAAACAUCCCUCCCUCCGUGCGUGGCUCCGGGGUUCCUGCCACUCUUGGUCAGCCUGGGCUCCCCAAGGCCUCGUCAGGCAUUUCCCACCCCAGCCCGGUGCCAUGGCAGAAUUGGGUCUAAAUGAGCACCAUCAAAAUGAAGUUAUUAAUUACAUGCGCUUCGCACGUUCCAAGAGAGGCUUGAGGCUCAAGACUGUGGACUCAUGCUUCCAGGACCUCAAGGAGAGCAGACUGGUGGAGGAGACCUUCACCGUGGACGAGGUCUCGGACGUCCUGAACGGGCUGCAGGCCGUGGUGCACAGCGAGGUGGAGUCCGAGCUCAUCAACACUGCCCACACCAACGUGCUGCUGCUCCGGCAGCUCUUCUCACAGGCCGAGAAGUGGUACCUCAAGCUGCAGUCAGAUAUCUCUGAGCUGGAGAACAGGGAACUGUUAGAACAAGUAGCAGAAUUUGAAAAAGCAGAAUUCACAUCUUCAAGCAAAAAGCCCAUAAUGGAGACUACAAAGCCAAAACUUGUUCCAAUUAAUGAAGGUGGGACAACAGAACUCCUAAACAAGGAAAUUCUAAGACUUCAAGAAGAGAAUGAGAAGUUGAAGACAAGGCUGAAGACCAUCGAGAUGCAGGCUACAGUUGUACUGGAUGAGAAGUCAAAACUAGAAAGAGCACUGCAGGAGUUACAGCUCGAUCAAGGAAAUCAGAAGGAUUUCAUAAAGGCCCAAGACUUGAGCGACUUGGAAAAUACAGUCGCUGCUCUAAAAAGUGAGUUUCAAAAGACACUUAAUGACAAGACAGAAAGCCAGAAAUCCCUGGAGGAGAAUCUAGUGACGGCCAGACACGACUUCUUGCGGGUCCAGGAGCAGCUAAACAUGGCUGAGAAGGAAUUAGAGAAGAAAUUUCAGCAAACCGCUGCCUAUAGAAACAUGAAAGAAAUCCUUACCAAGAAGAAUGACCAAAUCAAAGACCUGAGGAAAAGACUGGCCAAGUAUGAACCGGAAGACUAGAAGCUGAAGACAUCAUCCAGAAGCUGGCACCGGGAAAUGCUUUUUUUAGCUAAAUGAGAAAAGAAAAUUCCUUAUGACCAUGGCUGGCCAUCCCAGCCUGCUGACUGCUGCAGGCUCAGAGUUCUUGCCAGUGGAGGAGAGCGCUGCAGCGUAGGUAGGAAAGCCCUGUCCUUCUGUAUUGAUGGAAAAAGUGUAUCUUAGUAUUAAGAAAGCUAACAGCAUCUGUACUGGUGCAUCUCCCAGGGGCAAAGUUAAAUACGGAGUUGUUGAAGAUUGUUGUUAUAAAUAAACUUUAUUUUUAAAAUUGAAA